AGCUCAUCUCAGCUAGCUUGUCUUCUUUACAGAUGCUUAUUCACCGCUGUCAACCCGCUCGUUCUUCACCGACCUUUAAAAAAUGUAGUUUACGGUUAAAUAUCUGUCUUUAACAUUACAGCGAACGAUAUCUGUGAGAGUCAGAUGCAUCAGAAGUCAUAAGGUGGACCUGCUCCAUCUCCAAAACAGCAUGAUGCUGCCAAAAUAGUGAAAUGCUCAUCAGUGGAGGAUUUUUCAUAGACAUUAACGCCCAUUAAAUGCUUCUUUUCACUCGCGGUUCCUGUGCUUUCACCUAGUAAGUCUCCUAGUAAGCAACACUCAGUAGUGUCCCAUUAAUAAUGCUGUUCUCUCUGCGAGAGCUGGUGCAAUGGCUGGGCUUCGCAACAUUCGAGCUGUUCCUCCACUUGGGCGCGCUGCUGGUCUUCAGCGUGCUGGUGGCCAUACACAUGGACGUGGACAAGCAGACUCUUGAGAUGAGCUGGUGGCUCGUCUUCUCACCCUUGUUUGCUGCCGACGGCCUCAGCACGUACUUCACAGCCAUCGUCUCCAUACGCCUCUAUCAAGAAGGAGAGAAGCGGCUGGCCGUGCUGCGCUUGCUGUGGGUGCUGACUGUGCUCAGCCUCAAGCUGGUGUGCGAGGUGCUGCUGUGCCAGAAACUGGCCGAACAGAACCAGGCACCGAAUGAUUUGUGGUUUGGGCUUAUCGUUUCCCCACUUUUCAUCCUUCUGCAGCUGCUCAUGAUUCGUGCUUGUCGCGUCAAUUAAAGGACAAACCAUCUGCACGCAUGCCAGUGGACUGGUGCGAAUGAAAAGGACUCCUGCAGGAGGAGUCGGUCGUUGUAAACUGCAAAAUCAUUGUAAACGUUAUUUUAAUUAUUAUUAUUAUUAUUAUUAUUAGUUUUUUUUUUUUGUAUUCAAAUGGUUCAAGCAUGUGAACAUGGCAUCAUAAACAAUGCUUCAAAUAAUGUGCAAUUUUGAUUAUUAUUGUCCUUAAGUGCUAUGAGAGAUUGGUCUGGGGUUUUUUCUGAAUCCUGUCCAUGUUGCGUUAUCUGUGUUAAUGUUUUAUUGUUGUUUGUACAGUUGUAAAUAAACCAUCAACAUUCA